CCUCGCCGUUUCUGAGCGCCCACUUUCAAAAUGGCAUCCGGCAGGAAGUUUGCGAUUCUGACGAGCUCGAGGUGCUAGUUAAAGACGUUAGCACGACUUCCGGGCUGGUUGUAAAGAUGGCCGCGCCCAGUGAUGAGUUCCAACCUCGUGAGCUGCGCUUUGGCGAGCAGGAGCAGGACUGGGAUGCUGUGGCUCCUAAGAGGCCUCGACUCGGGGCAGGAAGCAAGAGUGGAGGUCGUAGGCUCAUUGUGGUGUUGGAAGGGGCCAGUCUGGAAACCGUCAAGGUAGGAAAGACAUAUGAGCUACUCAACUGCGACAAGCACAAGUCCAUGUUGUUGAAGAAUGGACGGGAUCCUGGGGAAGUGAGACCAGACAUAACCCACCAGAGCUUAUUGAUGCUGAUGGACAGUCCCCUAAAUAGAGCUGGCUUGCUGCAGGUUUAUAUCCACACACAGAAGAAUGUGCUGAUUGAAGUGAACCCACAGACUCGAAUUCCUAGAACCUUUGACCGCUUCUGUGGCCUAAUGGUUCAGCUUUUACACAAGCUCAGUGUACGAGCAGCUGAUGGUCCCCAGAAGCUUUUGAAGGUAAUUAAGAAUCCAGUGUCAGAUCACUUCCCAGUUGGUUGUAUGAAAAUUGGCACUUCAUUUUCUGUUCCAGUCAUCAGUGAUGUGCGACAACUGGUGCCUAGGAGUGACCCUAUUGUUUUUGUGGUGGGGGCCUUUGCCCAUGGCAAGGUCAAUGUGGAAUAUACAGAGAAGAUGGUGUCCAUGAGCAACUACCCUCUUUCUGCUGCCCUCACCUGUGCUAAACUUACCACAGCCUUUGAAGAAGUAUGGGGGGUUAUUUGACAGUAGCAGAACCUAGUUCUGAAACAAAGGACUAUUGGCGUUGUACCCCUCGACUCUGUUGACUGCUGCUGCACUGAAGACUGUGGAGUUUGGGGAAAACAUUGCUGUAUAUUUGCUCUUCUUUAUCCUAUAAAUACUGUUUUUUGCAAA